CUGAAAGAACCUUACGUCCAUUUCUUGCACUAUGACAUUUCUUUACUAUGUUGGAGAUGUUAGCAUGUCUCUAACAAGACUGGUCACAAACAUGAACCCUGCACAAUCUAAUGUGUAGUGUCCUAUUAACUCACUGUCAUGCAUUGUGUGCAACACAUUUCUUAGGGUUAAGAUGCUUUUUGAAUUACUUUUUUCUUAACUAGGAUCUUUAAUUUUAAGAGGACACACUCACAUUUCUAAGAAUUUUCUUAGAAUUUUGUCUCAAGGAGUAAGUCUUUGCAUUAAGAAUUUUCAUGAAUACAGGCCCUGGUCUCCAGUCUGAUUUUAUGUUUGUUCCCCCUCUCUGUAAGAACCUAGAUCUGGUCCAGCAGUGAAAGUGUCGCGUUGGAGUACGUAUGUACAAAGAAGUUAACGCUGAGUUACAUUUUAGACACAGCAUAAUCCCUUUUCACACAUUCAGUCUCUUCAGUCUGGUGAAUUGUUGUUAAGAGAUCACGUGUGAACAGGACCUUUUCAAAAGUGCUAGUAAAUUGGUUAUGGCAAUUUACCCAUAUGAAAUAUUACCAUUAAGUUAGCGGUAUGAUACUGUGUGAACAAAGACAUCAAGAUUACUGGUAUGUGUACAUAUACAGUCCAAACGCACUGACCAGCUUUCAUAAAAUCAGUUCUCAUGGAGAUGACACAAAUACUCCACACUUUUACAGUAAGCCCUGCUGCUUUUUUAAUAGUAUUUCUAUAUAUAUAUUUUUCAUUCAUCAGUGUGGCGACUCUUCGGUUUGAUACUAUUAUACAUGUCUUGUGUUUAUAAGAGCAAAAAUGCAUUCUGUGUGAUCAUAUAGUUCAUGUUUUGUUUAUUUACAGAUUCUGGUAAUUUUAUAGUCAUUUACUGUGAUUACUGUGAGAAAGGAAUUGUUGCUUCUUGCUUUGAUACACAACAAAUGUAGUUCCAAAUGGGAUGAUUAUUUUACACAGUUAAUCAAACAAGAACUUAACACUGAGUUACAUUUUUGACCCAAUAUCGUCUGUUUCACAAUAAAUGAGCUUCAUUGAUCAGUCUGUGUUAAUACAUCUAAAUGCCUCCUCAGAUGCUGCUUCUGCCACUUCUGAGGUGCAAAGAUGGAUUUUGUCAAUACAAGAACUAACCAGUUUUCAUACAGGGCCGGAAUUCAUUUGAAAAUGUAAGAUCAGCAAAAGCUGUUGGUUCUCAUGAUGUUAAAGGAGAUGGACAUGUGAGCGGAAACUGUUACUUGGGUCACAACCAGAUAAAUAUCACAGCCAGAUAAAUGUGUGUUUGGUGAAGAAGUGAAGUCAGUGAGAGAAAGACGUUCAGUCACUCUAAAUUCUGGUCUUACUGAAAUAAUGGAUGGUGAUCUGAUUCAGUGGAGGUUUUUUAACACUUUAAUUGCUGAAAUAAAAAAACUGGGUGAGACAAUCACUGUAUUUUAUGAUGUUCUUGAUGGGAGAUUCGGAAACAGACUGAAGCUGGACAAUCAAACUGGAUCUCUGACCAUCACAAACACCAUAGCUGCACUCUCUGGACAGUAUGAACUACAGAUCAACAGUGUGAGAAAGAGAUUCAGUCUCACUGUUCACUCUGGGCUUAGUUUUAGAGGUGCAAAUUUGGUAGUGUCAGCGAUGGUGGGAGAAUCAGUCACUCUAAACGCAAACUUUAUUAACAUGGCUGAUGAUGAUCUGUUUCAGUGGACAUUUUUAAAUGAAAACACUUUAAUAGCUGAAAUCAAUAAAGAGGCCAACAGCAUGACUGUAUAUGAUGAUGUUCUUGAUGGGAGAUUCAGAGACAGACUGAAGCUGGACAAUCAAACUGGAUCUCUGACCAUCACAAACACCACAACUGAACAUGCUGGACGUUAUAAACUACAGAUCUACUAUAUAAGGAUUGAUUACAUUCUCACUGUCUAUGCUCGUCUGCCUGUUCCUGUAAUCAGCAGUAACUCUUCACAAUGUUCAUCAUCAUCAUCAUCACAGCAGAAUUGUUCAUUGGUGUGUUCAGUGGUGAAUGUGAGUCAUGUGACUCUCUCCUGGUACAAAGGAAAUAGUUUAUUGUCCAGCAUCAGUGUGUCUGAUCUCAGCAUCAGUCUCUCUCUACUUCUGGAGGUGGAAUAUCAGGAUAAAAACACCUACAGCUGUGUGGUUAACAAUCCCAUCAGCAACCAGACUCAACAUCUGGACAUCAGCAAACUCUGUCACACAUGUUCAGACUCUGUCCACUGUUGUGGUUCUACUGAAGCUGUGAUCCGAUUGGUCCUCUCUGCCCUGGUGGGUGUGGCUACUGUCAUUCUUCUGGUUUAUGUCAUCAGAUCCAGAAGAGCUGAACAAGAUCAAGCACAUAUUCACACAUCAGAAGCCUAAAUGAUGUAAUUUCUCAUGCAACUAUUUUACAUUUAUCAUUUAAUAAUCUUAUUUUUACAGGCUCUAUAUUCAUCUGCUGGUUUUGAUGUGGCCCAUUUGUAAAUGCUCACAUUAGAUUCAGUACAGCAAGCUUUCCUUCUUCAUUUUUUUUUUUUUUUUUUUGUAAUAUAUAUGCAAUGUAGUCUUUCAUGUUUGAUUAAGUGAUUUAAUGGCUUUUAAAAAUGUAUCUGUCUUUCAGUGUUAUUCAGUUCAGUUUGAAAGCUCUGU